UUCAUUAUGGUUCAAAUACUUUAAGACUAUAUAAUAGACGCAUUAGUUAACCACAGCAACAGUCUUCAUUUGAGGUUACAACGUCUGCUUUAAAAGUGUUAAACUUAAAUAACAAUAAAAACAAUAUUAAAUUUCGGAUUCCAAACAAAUAGGAAAGAAGAAUUAUAAUAAUAAAACAAAAUGCCUUGCCCAUGUGGAACCGGUUGUCAAUGUGGCACUCAGCCAAAGAGCGGUAAUUGUGGCUGCGGCGCGGCUUGCAAGUGCUGUCCCUGCGGAAGCGGUUGCAAAUGCGGCUCACAAACUCAGAGUGGCAGCUGUGGUUGCGGCAGUGGCUGCAAAUGUGGACAAUAAAGAACACACAGUAUUCAAUUUCUAAUAAUGUACCGUAAUAUUUCACAUUAAAAAUAAAUUUACUUAUGUCGAGAUAAA